AGCCGAGCUGCAGGUGAACUCUCUAGGCGUCCGCUCCACGUCACGCUUCAGAUAUUCAGCGGAUCGUUUGCGAACCCCGCAAAGUGGCCGGUGGGUUUUUAGGAUCCACAUGUGGGAUGCGGACCUGCAUCGCGUCCAGGAGAGCGCGGAGUGCGCGGAGUGAACGCGGACGUGAUGAGGAUUUGAAUGGGCAGCGGUGUGGGCGCGAACGUUCACUAUCAGAAGCCGGACAUCAUCAUCCUCACAUCCUCAGACGCCAUUUCAAGGUCACACCAGGAUGCGUCCCAUUUCCUCACAGCCUUUCGGCAAGACUUUUGUUGGAGGCAGUCAACGGAACCCUGCUGCUGCAGCCUUUCUGCUCGUCCAGUGUCUUGGCAUCUGCCCCUCUUUGGCCACUUGCCCACCCUGCUGCCUUUGUGCCAGUGAUAUAAUUUCCUGCAGUGGGCGCAAUCUGUCCAUACUGCCCUCUGAUCUCCCUGGCUAUGCCACACGUUUGGACUUGAGCCACAAUGCCCUCACGGUCCUGCAGACCACGGAUUGGAUUUCCCGGCCAUUUGACAGACUUGCUACGCUGGUUGUCAGCCGCAACUCUAUCAGCUGUAUCAAGGUAGAUGCCUUCACUGCGAUGCCACACCUCCUCCAUCUGGACCUCUCUUUCAACCAACUAACAGCGCUGAACAAGUCCAUUUUUGCCGGGAUGGAGGAACUUAAAGAGCUGCUGCUGUUUGGCAACAAGAUUGUUCAGAUCAACCCUGGGGCUUUUGGUAAUCUUUACAGCCUGCAGAGGCUUUACCUCUCCGGGAACAGACUGACGGUUUUCCCCCUGGGGCUUUAUUGGGAACCUGGAGGGCCUCGUAAUCUGACCUUUCUUGAUCUGUCAUACAACAGGCUUUGUGAGGUGCCUGUCCAGAGGCUUUUGGCUCUUACCCGGGAUCGAAGGAUUUAUUUGCAGGAAAACCCUUUGGUCUGUAACUGCGCUUUACUCGCCUUGCUGGAGUAUUGGAUGUGGAAACAGUAUCGCCCACUAAUGGAUUUCAGAGGUGGAUAUCCAUGCAGGGACGGUUCAGGACCGGUAUCUGAAUGUGGCCGGGAGGUAGUGUUGGAGAUGCCCUUUGAGGCACAAACCUACCAAGUGGAGCUUGGCAAAUGGCUAAGAGUGCCAUGUCCAGGGUUGGACGCUCAAGGCCAGGAGGUGUUCUGGCUUACCCCGAAGACUGUAGUGAAUUCAUCAAGCAAUGAUCUGAAUACUCAGCUAGUAGUAUUACCCAAUGGCACGCUUGAAAUCUGGGGAGCCCAAAUGGAGGAUUCUGGGACUUAUGGGUGCGUGGCAGCCCGCAGGCGCCACUAUAACCCCAACGAGUCUCUGGAAGUCAAUGUAGUGGUUGGAAACCGAAGCACGGUCUCUACCAGAGGCUUAGCAGUCGGCAGGAGUUCUGAACAUUUCAACACAGCGUUCACCACCCUGGCCUCCUGUGUGGUCAGUAUCAUUCUGGUGCUGCUCUACCUCUACCUCACCCCUUGCCGAUGCCGGGAAAAUCGGGGUGGGGGAUCGAGAGGGUGCGGUGGGCGAGCCUUCAUCCUCUGCUCAGACCCCAGACAAGUAGAGUUAGGACAGCGGCGGUCAAGUGGAAAGAGGGUGGCUUUCUUAGAGCCACAGGCCGAGGACUCUGACAUUGGUGGUCCAAAGACACAAGUAAUGAAUUUGGGUCAUGUUAUCACCACCGAAGGAAUUCUCAAAAAUGGAAGUAGGCCAGUGGGACAGACCAUCACAGACACCACACACAUUGCAUAACAAACAAAAAUUACAUUUUCACAUUCCUGUAUACUUACAGUCUGAACCCAAGUGUUUUGUUUUCACUGUCUUGUUUCAGGAUACAAUGAGAAAAUCUGUUUGAUGUGAAGUAGUAUACUGUGAUUCUCAUUAUGCACUUUAGGGGUUUUGGUGUUUGGUGUGAAGCAAUGUAGUCCUUUCAUGGGAAAAACUUUCUCUCUAAAUUGAGUUGUGAUUGCCAAGAUCAUAUAAAUGUUUUCAAUUGGGUCAAGUAAAAUAUAUUCCCACCUGAUUUUAUAAACCGCAUGGAUGAUUAUUUUAUACAUUCCUUGUGAAUACUGUCAUCCCAGUGACCCAUGUUAUUUUUAACCACCUGUCUCGUACUGCGGAUUAUAUUAAAAUAUGAUGCUAAUAUGUGUGAAAGUGAGACAUAAUAUACUUUAAUGUUACUACCCAAUGUUUAGUUUGACAAAAAAUGCAUUUGAACUUGUUUUUAUCAUAUUUUUCCAAUGAUAGGUAGAAUUAUGUUGCAUAUAUGAAAGGAGUUACUGGAACUGAUAAACUAAGAACCAUUCUACCAAACAUUAUUCACAACUAUGAAGGGCAUUUUUUUUAUUGUAUUAUUUUUUCUGUCCCACUACUCUUUUAACCUUCUUUCCAACUUCAGAAUGCUGCUAUUUUAAGUGAAAAGCUCCAAUAAACACAAAUCUCAGUACGACGUCUCAGCACCAAACAGCACACAGAAAUAAAUACUAUUUUGCAAAGAAUGUCAAAUAUUUCUAUUGAAAGCUACUGUAUAUAUAUAU